CUUAUACAAGUAAUUCCAAGUCGAGAUAUUGUUGGACUUGCACAGAUAUUGCAGUGACUAUCACCUUGGCGACCACCUCGCUGCGUAUGUCAGAUGGCAGUGGUGGCUCCAGGAGUUCUUGCGCGACAGUCAUGAGAUAGUAUCCUCUCACGAGUCACGGCUGUCAAUACAGCCUGAUGCUCAUCUGAACCUGUGCCCGCUUGGCUUUCUGUGUUCAUCUCUAUGAAUGCACCUUAGGAGUGCUUCGUCUAUCUUUGAGCUCCAUGCAAGCAAUGUCGUCGUCCGCUGGCGAAAACCGUAUGUCACCUCAGAUCGAGGCCGAGGCGGGAGAUGCAUACGUCGCGAACUAUACCUACUUUGCAUCUAUAGCGCUCAUGCUUUAUGAACAUGCGUUUACCAUACCAGCCGAAAUCUCGUACGUUUGGAGCAGAGUCACGCUGAUUACAGUGCUUCUGCUCUCGAACCGCUAUCUGCUCCUCGCUCUGGGGUUGAUUUAUAUGCUGAACCUUAUCCAAUGGGAUACAUCAUGGAGAUGUGAGUUUCUGAUCGUCACUAGGACGGUCAUCAUCAUGGCUCUUCAGGCCGUCACAGCAGCGCUCUCCUCCCUGCGCACGUAUGCCAUCAGCGGGCACAAGUGGAUACCAGCGUUGCUAGCACUCUUCCUGGGCUUGACACCUCUUAUCACACUCCUUAUCGCUGGUCUGAUUGAGGUCACGGCGUGGGGAAAGUAUCUGGGAUCACAGGGCAGCAAUGUUACCGUCGCAGUUCCAGCGACCUUCUUUGCUCCCAUUGCAUCCAUGCUUGGGUCUCGUUUCAUUCUCAAUCUCCGCAGAGUCAACGAUCGGACAUUAGUGACGAGCUCCAAUCCAUAUAACGGUACAAUCGACUCUCGCAGCAUGCAAUUUGCCACUCGAAUAUUGGGAAUAUCGGCGCUGAGCUCGAGGACGGACUAAUCCCUGAGGAGGUUCACGACAGAGGUGAUAAUAGGGAGGAAGGUGUGAGCGCUGACUACGAGUUCGGGAACGAUGACGCCGAGGGAGAUGAAUAGCUUACCGUCAUAUUUUCCACAUGUACAUAGACUAAAGUGGGGUCGGAAGGAACAAAGAC